UAUCAGGUCUGCAGACCGCUCUGACGUCACUUAUGUGCGACAUGCCGAAUGGAAACAAGCGAGCCCGUAGUUUCAUUUAGACAACAGCGUCUCAGUGUUGCUGUUUUACGAGUGAAUGCCGUGCCACGAAUUAAAUCAUACACACAUAUAUUAAGAAACUAAGUUCCUGCAGCUUGUGACUGGAGCGUCAUGAUUGUAAUUUAACUUAAUCGUUUACAAAAUCAUCCGGCGCGGCUUGUUGCAAGGUGCUAGCAGUUAGCAUCGUAGGAGCAGUUCACGGUUAUCUGCCGCUGCUCCUGCGGCGGGAUGAGCUAUGGAUACGGUGGUGGUGGUGGGAGAAGAGGACGAAGAGGAGGCCGAGGGCACCGAGACGGGAGCGGAGAAAGGUGGGACAGAGAUGGGGGAAGAGGAGGUUUCAGAGGAUCCAGCUCCGACUGUGACCAGGGGCGAGGAGGAGGAGGAAGAGGAGGAGAAGGAGGUGGGCACCGGGACCGUCCUCCUCCACAUCUGAAGGGCCGUGAGAUCGGGCUGUGGUACGCAAGAUACGGAGCCGUGAGGAGGAAACAGGCCGACAGGAGAUCGCGAGCGGUGGUCCAGAUGGAUGAGGCCAGAGAGCAGCACAUUACCAAGCUGCUAAAUUCUGUCCAGAAUGACCACCCUGGUUCAGAGAGAGACAGCAGGGGAGCAAGAGCCUCUACGUCUGAUAAUUGGCAAACAGAUGCCAACAGAGGUGAUCACUGUUACUUUGAUGGAGAUUUGCCCAAAGAGGUAAAACAGGAGAUAGAUUACACAUCUGAAGAUGAAGAAGGGAGUUCGGGCCAGAAGAAAGCAGCUAACAAGUCACAUCGUUACUUAACUCCGGCAGCCGUUAAAGAUGAAACACCAGACACAUGGGAUGAUGACGAGCCCCAGGAAGAGGAGAAGGAGGAAAAAGAAAAACUGAGACGCAGAGACAAGGACCUAGAAUUCUUAUUCCAAGAAAAAGUCAGAGAUAGUUCACUGGACGAUUAUUUACAGAGAGAUCUGCAGAGCAAGAAAUCAGAUCCAAAGUACAAAGAAAUGCUGAAAUUCAGGGAAAAACUACCUUCCUAUGGGAAAAAAGAGGAGCUAGUGGAGCUAAUCAACUCUAGCCGUGUCCUGGUUGUGAGUGGGGAGACGGGGUGUGGAAAGACCACGCAAGUCACCCAAUUCAUCCUGGAUGACUAUAUUAACAGAGGCGUGGGAUCGAUGUGCCGGGUCGUGUGCACGCAGCCUCGUCGCAUCAGUGCCAUCUCUGUAGCAGAGCGUGUAGCAGCAGAGAGGGCUGAAAGUGUAGGGAAUGGAAAUUCUUCUGGUUACCAAAUUCGCCUACAGAGCCGGCUACCACGGAGACAAGGUUCGGUCCUUUACUGCACAACUGGCAUUAUUCUUCAGUGGCUUCACUCAGACCCAUUGUUGUCCAGUAUCAGUCACCUGGUGCUUGAUGAGAUCCACGAGAGGAACCUGCAGUCGGACGUUUUGCUCAUCAUUGUGAAGGACUUGCUCACCCUCCGAGAUGAUCUCAAGGUCAUCCUCAUGAGUGCAACGCUCAACGCAGAGAAGUUUUCCAAAUAUUUUGACAACUGUCCAAUGAUUCACAUCCCUGGUUCGACUUUCCCAGUGGAAGAGUUCCUACUUGAGGACAUUAUAGAGAUGACCAGGUAUCGCCCUCAGAAUCAGGACCGUCGACCUUCAUGGAAGAGAGGCUUUUGGCAGGGGCAAAACUCCAGACCUGAGAAAGAGGAGAAAGAGGCUGAAUACAAGGACAGUUGGCCUUGCUAUGAACGCACACUGCAGAACAGAUAUUCUGAAAACACGAUUUCAGCAGUAGAGAUGUUGGACAGCAAUGACAAGAUUGACCUGGAGCUUAUCUUGGCACUGAUUCGUCACAUUGUGCUCAAUGAUGAGGAAGGAGCAAUCCUGGUUUUCCUCCCAGGCUGGGACAACAUCAGCAGCCUCAAUGACCUGCUCAUGGCUCAGCAGAUGUUCAGAUCAGGUACACAUGUAUAUUUUUUCUUUUUCUGAUGUCUGCUUUCCUCUUUAAUUCAUCCCAUUUUUCGCUCUCCUCCUCUCAGCAUCACCAUAGACGAUGUUGUAUAUGUGAUCGAUGGAGGAAAGAUAAAGGAGACCAACUUUGACACCAACAACAACAUCAGCACCAUGACAGCAGAGUGGGUCAGCCUGGCCAACGCCAAACAGAGGAAAGGACGCGCCGGGAGAGUGUGCCCGGGGAAGUGCUAUCAUCUGUACAACGGUCUCAGGGCCAGCCUGCUGGACGCCUAUCAAUUACCCGAAAUUAUGAGGACACCACUGGAGGAGCUGUGCCUGCAGAUUAAGAUAUUGAAGCUUGGCUCUAUAGCUCGAUUCCUGGAGAAAGCCCCUGACCCACCUACUGAGAAGGCCAUCAGUCUGGCCAUCAAGAACCUUGUAGACUUGAAUGCCCUGGACCACUCAGAGAAUCUGACAGCACUGGGUUUCCACCUGGCUCGUCUGCCCGUGGAGCCUCACAUCGGCAAACUGAUCCUGUUCGGAGCUCUGUUGGGCUGCCUCGACCCCGUACUCACCAUCGCCGCUUCGCUCAGCUUCAAAGACCCUUUCUUCAUACCCCUGGGUAAAGAGAAGAUGGCAGACAUGAGGAGGAGGACCCUGUCCAGAAACUCCAAGAGUGACCACCUCACCAUUGUCAACGCCUUCCAGGGCUGGGAGGAAGCCAAGCGACGCGGUGUCAGGUAUGAGAGGGAGUUCUGCUGGGACAACUUCCUGUCUGCAAAUACUCUUCAGAUGCUGCACAACAUGAAGGGUCAGUUUGCUGAACAUCUGAUGCAUGCAGGCUUUGUCAGCAGCAAGGACCCGAGAGACCCCAAAUCUAAUGUCAACUCGGACAAUGAGAAGUUAAUCAAAGCGGUGAUUGUCGCAGGCCUGUACCCUAAGGUGGCCAUGAUCAGACCAUCGCACAGCAAAAAGAGGCCGGGGGUUAAGGUGUACACCCAGGCUGAUGGAAAAGUGAAUAUCCACCCGAAAUCUGUCAACGCCGAAGAGACAGAGUUCAACUACAAGUGGCUCGUCUACCACCUCAAGAUGAGAACGAGCAGCAUCUUCCUGUACGAUUGCACCGAGGUGUCCCCGUUCUCGCUGCUGUUUUUCGGAGGCGACAUCACCAUCCAGAAGGACGAGGACCAGGAGACCAUCGCUGUGGACCAGUGGAUCGUCUUCAGUUCCCCGGCACGCAUCGCUCACCUUGUUAAGAGUUUAAAGAAGGAGUUGGAUUCCUUACUAGAGGGGAAAAUCCGUAACCCGGCACCUGUGGACUGGCAGAACCGUCAGUCCAAAGACUGCGCUGUCAUCUCGGCCAUCAUAGAUCUCAUCACCACCCAAGAGAAGCCUACAGGCGGCACUAAGAGCUAUGGCAGACCAUGGGCAUCUGCCCCUAGAGGACAACAUAUUCACUUCAAUGACGAUGAUGAUGACGACGAUGAUUAGAAGUGGACAGCUUUCUAGCUGGCUUUGAAAAGAGGAGGAAUGACUGACUGCAUCCUUGGACCCAGAGGUUAGAUGAUAUAUUUAUGAUAACCAGUUGGUCUCCUUGAUGGUGCGGCCUGGUUGAAAUUUUAGUGCUCUCCGGACGCUGGAAUCCUGGAAGAUGGCAUGCACUUGAAUGACUCUGUUUGGUCGUUACUUAGAAAGGACCAAUCCACGUUCAAACACUCUCCAUAGCCGUGUUGUUUAUUGUUUCAUUCGUACAUUUUUGUUUUGGAUAAAUCACACUGUUGUUUUUCAGCAAUGUCACUUACAGAGCAAUAAAAAAGAUUGUAUGAUGGAA